GUGAUUUCAUCAUUUCACCAUCUUCCACGAGCAUAGAACCUGCCACCCAAACCAAAAUUGUGGAUUACUGGGUAAUUACAGUGUGUUGAGUCAUGGUUUCUUUGGGUGCUUCUUUCUCAACGUUCAUUACAUUUGAAUUUAAAGCUUGCUGUCUGUUCUUUACAUAACGUCUUCGAGUCUACAGUUGCAUUAUCACACCUUGGCUGCUGGUGCUGGACGCCUUAUUCAUCUGAUCCACAGGGCCACCGUAGCUUCUCAUUUUUCGUGUUAAGCUGAUCGGUUGGCAUUUUCCAGGAGCCCGAUCUCUCCCCCAGCCCUGGUACGAACACAAGGAUAAAUGUUGUUGCUAGGCUCGGGUAUCUGAUCUGAUUAGCCCUGAGAGUAACGAUCCAUGAAGGACUAGAUUAGAAUGAGCAGUCACCGACUUCAGAGUGAAGUUUAGUUUAGAAUUCAAUGAUGAUUUCGCAGACUGGGUUACCUCUCUCCCAACACCAUCAGAACCAGGUUUGAAAGCAACACAGACCGAAGGAGAGUUAAAUUUCCACCAAAUCCACGUUUCUCAUUAAUGGCUAUUCAGUGUUCACCCUGUUUCUGUACUUACUUCCCAUCGAGUGGCAAGAGUUUUCGACAGUCAAGAAGGGUCAAUUGCGAAGGAGAUGAGCGAAGGUUUAGUAAGGAGAGGAAUGCGCGUAGGAAGAAGAAAUGUAAUUUUAGUAGUGAGAAACAUGGAAUAUGUUACGAAAUACGAAUAUUUCAUUUUCCAUGUGUCAGAGGCGGAAUUCGCAAAACGAGGGACGCGGGGUCGAGUUGAGACGGUGCGAACCCGGUGGGAAAGGAAAACAUGGACACAUUUGGGAGAGAAGGAGUCGAGACUUGUCAGAGCGGAGCUCGUUCCUCUUCCGUCUUCCCCACUCCAGCGUCGAGCCUUAAAACGGUCGGACCUCCGAUCUUUUUCACGCCGUCUCCGGCCACGGCAGCUCUACAAACGAACCCAAUGCUGAGGCCCAGGUAGAUGAUAUUUUCAUCUAUGAAGACUGUGGUACCAAAGUUGUCAAACCUGAUGCAGUUGCUUGAGACACAAACGCUUUUCUGGUGGUUUCUUAAUAAUUGUUUCAGAUGGAAUGGCAGAUCCAGUUAGUUAUGGGAAUCCAGAGCGUGAUGUUGAGCAAGCACUUGUUGCUUUAAAGAAAGGAACCCAGUUAAUAAAAUAUGGUCGGAAGGGGAAGCCUAAGCUUUGUCCGUUCAGAGUUUCUAUUGAUGAAACAACAUUGAUCUGGUACUCACAUGGAGAGGAAAGAAAUUUGAAGUUGUCUUCCGUCUCAAGGAUUAUCCCUGGGCAGAGAACUGCUGUUUUUAGGAGAUAUUUGCGUCCUGACAAAGACUAUUUGUCAUUUUCUCUUCUGUAUAAUAAUGGCGAAAGGACUCUUGAUCUGAUAUGCAAGGACAAAGGUGAGGCAGAGGUCUGGUUUACUGGCCUUAAGGCAUUGAUCUCUAAGGGCCAACAUGGCAGGCGUAAUAGGAGUGAUAUUUCUGAUCUUCGUGAUGGUGGGGACUUUAUUCAAAAUGGUCGUCCUUCUAGUGCAACAUGGGAGAUAACCUCAAGUUUCUCCCGAAAGGCCAUUGACUUCUAUUCUCGUGAAUAUUCCUUGAGUUUGAGAAGCUCAGAUGUAGGGUCAGACCGUGCAAAUAUGCAACUAAGAACAAGUGCAGGAGAUGGUUUCAGACUUAGUGUUUCAAGUGCUGCACCUAGCUGUUCAAGUCAAGGUUCAGGACUAGAUGACAUUGAAUCGUUGGGUGAUGUUUAUGUUUGGGGAGAAGUUUGGUCUGACGGGACUUCAGCUGAUGGACCUGUGAAUCCUUUUCCUUCAAAAAUUGAUGUGCUGCUUCCCAGGUCUUUAGAAUCUAAUGUUGUUUUAGAUGUUAACCAGAUUUCUUGUGGUGUUAGACAUGCAGCUCUUGUUACAAGGCACGGUGAGAUUUUCACUUGGGGAGAGGAGUCUGGUGGUCGGCUUGGCCAUGGAGCAGAUAAAGAUUACGGUUGUCCUCAACUUGUUGAGUUCCUGGCAGUCCAUAAUGUGGAUAAUGUUGCAUGUGGUGAAUAUCAUACAUGUGCUGUAACUACUUCUGGUGAUCUAUUUACUUGGGGGGAUGGUACCCAUAAUGCUGGACUUCUUGGUCAUGGUACCGAUGUUAGCCACUGGAUACCAAAAAGAGUUUCUGGUCCUUUAGAAGGCCUUCAAGUUUUAUCUGUUGCAUGUGGCACAUGGCAUUCAGCAUUGGCAACUUCUACUGGUAGGUUGUUCACAUUUGGUGAUGGAACAUUUGGUGUUUUGGGCCAUGGAAAUCGAGAAACUAUUGCAUACCCGAGGGAAGUUCAGAGUUUGAGUGGAUUGAAGACUAUUAAAGUUGCAUGUGGUGUAUGGCAUACAGCUGCAAUUGUAGAAGUUAUGGGGCAACCUGGUGCAAAUAUUUCCUCUCGAAAGUUGUUCACUUGGGGUGAUGGUGGUAAAUACCGUUUGGGUCAUGGGGACACAGAAGCAAAGCUGGAUCCCACCUGUGUACCAGCACUUGUAGACUACAACUUUCACCAGCUGGCCUGUGGGCAUAAUAUUACUGUUGGCCUCACAACAUCAGGGCAUGUUUUUACAAUGGGAAGUACUGCAUAUGGUCAGCUGGGAAAUCCACAGUCUGAUGGUAGGAUACCUUGCUUAGUGCAAGAUAGAUUGAUAAGUGAGUUUGUUGAAGAGAUUUCAUGUGGUUCAUUUCAUGUUGCUGUCUUGACAUCAAGAAGUGAAGUGUUCACCUGGGGUAGAGGUGCAAAUGGAAGAUUGGGACAUGGGGAUACAGAAGACCGCAGAGCUCCAACUCUAGUUGAAGCACUAAAAGAUAGACAUGUAAGAAGUAUAUCAUGUGGUUCAAACUUCACAGCGAGUAUAUGCAUUCAUAAGUGGGUAUCUGGUGCAGACCAAUCAGUCUGCUCUGGUUGCCGGCAAGCAUUUGGUUUUACUCGAAAAAGGCACAACUGUUAUAACUGUGGACUGGUUCAUUGUCAUGCUUGCAGUUCAAAGAAAGCAUUGAGAGCUGCAUUAGCUCCAACUCCAAGCAAGCCCCAUCGUGUAUGUGAUUCUUGCUAUGCAAAGCUAAAAGCAUCAGAGGUUAGUGUUACCACUACUUUUAAUAGGAGAAGUAUGGCACCUAGGCGUUCAACAGACAGCAGGGAAAGGUUAGAAAGGGGAGGCAUUAGGUCCUCAAGGAUGCUGCUUUCUCCUGGGAUAGAUCCAAUGAAGUACCUUGAUGUUAGGUUAGCCAUGCAAGCAAUGAUAUCUGAUUUUCCAGUCUCUUUCCGACCUUCCCAAGCUCCAGCAGUCUUACAACUCAAAGAUAUUGCUUUUCAAAGUUCACUGACUGCACCUCAAUGUGCUAAACCAGUUGUUAUGUCGGUACCUCAGCCUGUACAGACAUUGAGACCUAGUUCACCAUAUUCGAGGAAGCCAAGCCCUACGCGCAUGGGAACUGUAUUUCCAAAUAGUACUGUUGAAAGCCUUAUAAAAAGGAAUGAACUUUUAAAUCAAGAUAUUAUGAAAUUGCGAAGCCAAGUGAAAAACUUGAAACAGAAGUGUGAAGUCCAGGACAUGGAAGUUGAAAAAUCACAAAAAAAUGCUCAAGAAGCUGCUUCAUUGGCUGCAAUUGAAUCAUCCAAAUAUAAAGCUGUGAAGGAUGCUAUGAAAUCUAUCUUGAUUGAGCUGAAAGAAAUGUCAGAGAAGUUACCUGCUGAGGUUUAUGAUAGUACAUCCAUCAAAGCUAUGCAUUCUCAAAUAGAAGCUUUGCUGAACACAGAUGGAAGCCAGGCAUUGGAAGCUUCUUCCUCACCAACUAACAAUUUAGAGUCUGAACAACAAAGUAUGCUUGACAGUACUCUCAUGGUUGAUGAACCCUCUACUAGCAUGCAAGACCAAAGGAUAGAUGAUGCUGAAGGCACUCUUGAGGAUGGUAAUAGACCAUCUGUUUCUGAUACCAAUGAGGUUGUUCCUCCACAAAGCAUGGAAAAUGGCUCAAGAUCAUCAACAUUAGAGGUGACUGAGCAAUUUGAACCCGGUGUAUAUGUAACCUUUGUUCCACUUAAGAACGGGACCAAAGCCUUCAAACGAGUCAGAUUCAGCAAAAGAAAAUUUGAUUCGCAACAGGCUGAAGAAUGGUGGAAGGAAAACAAGGAUAGAUUACUUAAGAAAUAUAAACACCCAGGGACAGAUGGUGCUCCGACGGGAUUACCUGUGGGUCCAACUCCUGUUUCUGAGGAAUCUGAGACAACUACUCACACGUGUUGAAAUGAAUGGAAAAACAUAUGGUAAUUUAGACGAAAAAUAUGCUUCUGAAUUGCAGUAUGGAUCACAGUAGACAUUUGCCAUCAAUUCUAUUUGAAAAAAAAAAAAAGCUUCUUUUCAGUAGAAUAAUAGAGAUGAUUUCCUUUAGUAAAAACAUACAUCAGCUCUUUGGUAAAAAUUUUCACAUACAUGUAUUUCAUUUAUUCAUUUAUUCUUUUGUUCUUUUCUCAUUUUAGGUGAA